AUGCCUCCUGUAAAAAGAACUAGACGGUGUAAUUUAUAUGGUGGUAGCCCUUCUGAUCUUCCUAUUGCAGAUCUAGCAACUUAUGGUGAUGUAGCAAGAUUUUUCUACAAAUUAAAAGAUUUAGAUGGAAAGUUUCAAAUAGGAGGUAUUGAUAACUCUGUUUUAUCACCUACUUCAAGAAAAACAAAGCAAACAAAAGCUUCUGAUGAAGAAAUUUAUAUUAAAGAGUUUGACACAAUCAUGGAUUCAGAUCAGAGUGAAACUUCAAUUUCAUCAUUAAAUCAGACUAGAUCAAAGAACUAUAACACUACCCACUAUCCCAAAUUUGCUUUAGAGGUAAUUAGAUAUGGAAUAUCAGAUGAAGCAGCUGCCGCUGUAGCUAAUGCUCUACUUCAAGAUAUUGGUUAUCUACAUCUAAAUGAUGUAAUUGAUCCAAGUAAAAUGAAAAGAGAGAAAAAACGAGUAUGCUUUAAUGCUAGUUUUGAGCAAUCUAAAGUUUCAAAUAUAAAGGAACAGAGAGAUAUUGACGGUGAAAUAAAUCUUUGUAAAUCUACUAGCACUGUAGACCACUUGACAUUCACAAUUGAAUCAGGCGAGUUGCAAGGUCAAUAUCUAAAGCACAUAGAUGUACCUAAAGAAAAAGGUAAAGGAAAAGAUCUUGCUGAAUUUACCUGUAAUGUUCUCAAGGAGUUUAAGAGUGAUAAAAGUAUCCAGGCAAUAAUUUUGGACAAUACAAGUGUUAAUACAGGUAAAGAUAAUGGUUUAGUUGCUUGUCUUGAAAGAAUAUUGAAAAGAAGAAUUCAUUUAAUUGGCUGUCUUCUACAUGUUAACGAGUUACCAUUGCAUCAUUUAAUUUCUAAACUUGAUGGUUCUUCUAAUAGCUCAAAUGAUUAUUUGGGACCAGUUGGAAAAUCUUUGACAAAUCCAAUUCAUUUAAAUUUAACUGUUGACUUCAUACAAGUUGAGACAGACAUUGAAUAUCCUCCUCUGUGUGUCAUUAAAGACCUCUCUGCUGACCAGAGAAUGCUACUGGAAUAUAGUAUUGGAAUUUCUAGAGAGUUUUCAGACAAUAAGUAUCUGAGAAAAAAAAUAGGCCCUAUUUGUCAUGCAAGGUGGCUGACAACAGCAGUACGGAUCUUGGCACUAUACACAAGAACAAUCAAUCCCAGUAGAGAGCUCAAAAUCUUUGUUGAAUAUAUUCAAACAGUAUAUACUCCUAUGUGGUUUAAUAUUAAAAAGUCUAAGAGUUUCACAGAGGGUCCUAAACUUAUUUUCCAAUUUAUUCAGCGGAUUUUGAGGUUGGAUACUGAAGUUCAAAAUAUUACAUUGCCCAUAAUUUAUAGAAACUCUUUUUGUCUCCAACCUGAAAAUUCUAUUGCUGCUCUACUUUAUUCUGAAGAACAGGUUUAUAGAACAAUUGCUGUUGUUAAGAUUUUGGAAACAAGAAAAACUCUAAUUAAGGAUCCUAAAAAUGGAUUAAAAGAUGGUAUUAGGGUUAAUGCCAUUCCAAUUAUUGAUUGUAGAUGUAAAAACUGGUCAAAAUUAAUAAAUCUGUAUGAUAUAGACUGUUUUGAGCCCCCUUGUGUGGAAGAUAUAUUAAAUGAGGAGCUUUUGAAUAUAAUACCGAAUCAGGGAAAGGCUCCCAACUUUCCAUGCCACUCGCAAACGGUCGAAAGAACAGUGAAAAUGACUUCUGAUGCUAGCGGAAAAUUUAUUUAAAAAUUAUUAUAAGAAAAGAAGUGCUUAUAUUCUAGCUAAAUGCCAAAGUCAAAAGAAACGAAAAUAUUUUAGAACAAAGAAAGAUUAUACAUUGUAAUUUGUUAUCAUUUCUUUAAAUUAAUCUAUUUGGUAAUA